AUGACAUGUCUUGAGGAUAAAACUGAAUUAAAUAAGGUCUUUGACCUCAUUGAGACUGGAAGUAAUGGACAUUUGGAGCUGGUGCCAGCACUGCAAAUCAGUCAGCAGAAUUUAUCUUCAGCUAGAUUCCCUCAGCUGACGCUACCUGCUGGCAUACCACCAGUUAUACCAACAUGGGAGAAAGAAGUGGAAAAGUAUCUCACAGACAUUGGCAGCUUGCCCAUCCAUGAUUUCACCACAUGUCAGAGACAGAUCAGUCGACAGCCUGACAUUGAAAAGUUGUUCCAUGUGGACAUAUGUCCAGUUCAGACCACAAUCAGAGUUGAAAGAAACCGCACCACCGGGCAACUCUUAGGUUACACAGAGGAACUGAUUCCAGACAGCGCAGAAACUUCCAGAAAUUCUUUAUCUUUGAGGCGAGCCCCAGAAUUACACAGUACAAAGUCCAAGCAAGAUGUGCGUGGGUCAAAUAUUAACCUUCCUUUCUGGCCAGGAGGGUUGGAUGUUGAUGAUCUACUGCAGGCAUCACAGAAUGAAAGCAAAUCUUCUCCAGCGCUGAACCUGGAUGAUGCAAGCCAGUAUCUCUCUAUCCCUCCCGGAUUCCAGGCAGGGAUGACAGUUGUGCACGCACCCAGCAACACCACAGGCAGUAUACAGGAAGUGGUUUCUGAAGUUCCUGACCUUGGCUCUGCUCCAGCAUUGAUUAGCCUGGCUGAUAUCAUGGCUGGGGUGGAUGACCUUGACCUGGAGUCCAGUGAGGAUGAGGAGACAGUUGAUAAGUGCAACCAGCAGGCUGGGCUGGAGGAAGAGAACAAGAAAACAGAGCUCCCUAGAAGUGAGAGUCUGGAAAAGUUAGUUCAGCCUGAAGAUACAGUAAAACCUGAGGAGUCACCUCCAUUAAAAAAGGAGACAACAGCAAAAGAGCAGUGGGCAGUGAAUAUAGAUGUCAGCUCUCCGGUUCAUGAUUUCUACAAAAGGAUACCUGACAUGGCAUACAAGUGGCCAUUUGAGCUGGAUAUUUUCCAGAAACAAGCCAUUUUAAAACUUGAAAGUCAUGACAGUGUUUUUGUGGCUGCCCAUACGUCGGCAGGAAAGACGGUUGUGGCUGAAUAUGCUAUUGCACUGUCACUCAAACAUAUGACAAAGACGAUCUACACCUCCCCAAUCAAAGCACUUUCCAAUCAGAAGUUCCGAGAUUUCAAACAGACGUUUGGAGAUGUUGGUCUAGUCACAGGGGACGUGCAGCUGAAUCAGACAGCAGCUUGCCUCAUUAUGACUACAGAGAUCCUCAGGUCUAUGUUGUACAACGGCUCAGACAUCAUCCGUGACCUGGAGUGGGUCAUAUUCGAUGAGGUUCACUACAUCAAUGACUCCGAGAGAGGCGUUGUGUGGGAGGAAGUUCUCAUCAUGCUGCCUGACCAUGUCAGUGUCAUCUUGUUGAGUGCCACAGUUCCAAACACGAUGGAGUUUGCUGACUGGGUUGGACGAACAAAGAAGAAGAAAAUCUAUGUAGUCAGUACCACCAAGAGGCCAGUACCGUUGGAACACUACCUCUACACAGGCAACAGCACCAAAACCUGCAACGAGCUUUUCCUGCUGGUGAAUGCUAAAGGCUGUUUUAUAACGACUGGGUACAGUAAAGCCAUAGAGGCUAAAAAGGAAAGAGCAAGCAAGAGCUCUCAGAACUUUGGUGCUAAAGGAAUCAGACAAGGCAAUCCCUCACAGGACAAGAACACCUGGCUAUCUGUGAUAGAAAUGCUGAGAAAGAAAGACAAGUUGCCUGUUGUAGCUUUCACAUUUUCAAAGAAAAAGAUUGAAGAAAACUCAGCCAACCUGCAGAGUGUGGAUCUGACCACAGCCUCAGAGAAGAGUGAGAUCCACAUCUUCUUUCACAAGUGUAUAUCUAAACUGAAGGGAUCAGACAGAAGCCUACCGCAAGUGCUACAGUUUGAGGAUUUGCUGAAGCGGGGACUUGGUGUCCACCACAGCGGAGUACUGCCAAUACUGAAAGAGGUUGUGGAGAUGUUGUUUCAGAAAGGCCUAGUCAAGAUUCUCUUUGCCACAGAAACGUUUGCCAUGGGAGUCAAUAUGCCAGCUAGAACAGUAAUCUUUGACAGUAUCCGCAAACAUGAUGGCAUCAACUUCCGCAACCUCCUGCCAGGAGAGUACAUACAAAUGGCGGGAAGGGCAGGCAGACGAGGAUUGGACACUACGGGAACUGUGAUCCUCCUGUGCAAGGGGGAUGUCCCUGAGAUGUCUGAGCUGCACCAGAUGAUGCUG